UGAUCUCUGAACACUGCCCAAAUAUGUGAAGUGACAAACAGUAUAGCCUGUAACAUUCUGGACAUUUGACAGACCAGCCAGGAAACGUUAUCCUCCAUCAAAGAUUAUUUGCCCAUGACUGGUGUAAAGCAUGUUCCUUUGGCAAUAUCUGAUACUCCUGCUGACAGCUGUUCAAAUAUGCAAAGCUCAGAGAUGUGACAAAUUUACACAUCUAAAUCUCGGUCACGCAUUCAUUGGCACCAGCAUCAGAAUUAGAUUGUUGCUCUACACCAGGGAAAAUGGCACCUGUGGUACACUCUUGUCCCACAGCAACCUGUCUGCCCAUCCCCAGUUCAACUUGUCCAGACCUACCACCUUCAUCAUUCAUGGGUAUCGGCCCACAGGAUCUCCACCAGUGUGGAUAAAAAACCUCACGGAGCUGCUGCUGGCCAGGGAGGACACCAAUGUCGUGGUGGUGGACUGGAACCACGGCGCUGCCAAUGUGAACUAUUUAAAGGCAGUGGAGAACACACGCAAGGCAGCAGCCAACCUCACUGCUUUCAUUGAAAUGAUGAAGGAACAUGGUGCCUCCCUGAGCUCCAUCCAUUUGAUUGGAAUCAGUCUCGGAGCUCAUAUAUCAGGUUUUGUUGGCGCUAACCUGAAUGGGUCAAUUGGAAGAAUUACAGCUCUGGAUCCUGCUGGGCCCCAGUUCACUGGCACUCCUCCAGAGGACCGACUGGACUCCACAGACGCCCGGUUUGUGGAUGUCCUGCACACAGACAUAGAUGCCCUGGGCUUCAGAGAACCUCUGGGUCACAUUGAUUUCUAUGCAAAUGGAGGAACAGACCAACCCGGCUGCCCAAAGACCCUCUUUUCUGGAGGAAGUUAUUUUAAAUGCGACCAUCAGAGAUCAGUGUCGCUCUACCUCGACUCUUUGAAUCAGAUGUGUGUCAGCAGGGCCUUCCCCUGCUCAUCCUACAGCGACUUUCUGGAUGGCAGCUGCUUGAACUGCGACCAGUUUGGUGCCGCUGGAUGUCCUGUCUUUGGCUAUGACAUCACUCGGUGGAAAAACGUCCUGCUGAGGCUUGGCCAAACAAAAACUUUCUUCACAACGAACGCAAAGUCUCCAUUCUGCAUGACAAGCUACAGGGUGGAAGUGAUGAUAUGGAACAAGGAUGUUCGCUGGGGAUACAUUACUAUUAAACUUCAUUAUAAUGGUACAGAAGCAGUGGCAACCGUUGACCAUAAAUCAUCGAAGUUCAAGAAGUACACAGAGACCAAGUUGUUUGCACAGUUUGACAAAGACAUUCAGUCCGUGGAAAAGGUGUCUCUCAAAUUCUCCACUGGGAAUGUAUUCAAGCCCAAAUAUAAGCUCCGUGUUCUCCGAAUCCGUCUCACACAUCUGGGACGCGAGGAGAGGCCUCUCUGUCGAUACGACAUCCUUCUUGGUGACAACAGCGAGGUCAAUUUCAGGCCCCUUCCAUGUGAAGAGUCCAACUUCUGAGGCAAAAUCCGACCGCGUGUCGAAAACUUCACCGCUCGCUCUGGAAGAGGUUCAGCCGACAUGUAAUGUCCCUCCAGGACUGUACAGGAAAACAAUAAGGACUGCGACAAUAGCAUAUCAAUAGGCACUGACACAACGUGAACAUUUGUGAUCCGAAAAAUGAAAUGUGAUAUACCAAUAUAUAUAUAUAUAGAUGUUUAUAUGUUUUUAAGAGAAAGAGAGAGAGACAUGUUUUUCCUGAAAAGGGAACCUAUUUGUAUUUCACUGGUGGCGAAAAAUAGAGAUGGGAAUGAGUUUUUGUUCAUGCAUUUGAAAAUCCAUCUCAAAUGACUUUCAGAUUUUUUUAUUUUUUACUUUUUUUUUUUUACAUAUGAUGCCAGUAAUAACUAUAUAUUUAUUUGUGUAUAUGAAUUCAUCCUUAAUUAAUGAUCAAGUCAACAAUAAUGGCCAGCUCCAGCAUCUUUAAUGAAUGCACAAUGCACCACCCACAUCCGCAACCGAUUAAUUAACUGGCAGCUUGGUCAUUUUUUUAUAUGAUCAAAAGGCAAACUAACUACUAUGUGGUUUGAAAAAUAUAUGCACCUAAAAUGUGACACAAGUUUCAUGUUUUUUGCCUCUACAUCACAUCAUUAUAAACAAAUGAUAGCUCCGCCCUCAGCUCUGCAGACUUACUGCUAGCUCUCAUUACUCAUCCUCCUUUCUGCCCGUUUCACUGUCAAAUGUCUCCUACACAGCUGGAUAAAGGAAAGAAAAUUGACAGUGAUGAUCCUCAACCCAUUUUCCAGGCCUAAAUGACUGAAUCAGUCAUUCAAAAUCUGGGUUCCCACAGGAAAGAGAAUCCUGUCUUUCCUCUUCUUGGAAACAUCAAGACAAUUGCAUGUGUUACUGGGCCUUGCUCUGCUCAUUUCCAGAGAGAGCGGUCAACAGAUAUUCCUCUCGGCAUAACACUGGAUCAUUGCUCCCACUGUCUCUCAUCUUGACACUUUCAGCAGUGACUCAGUAAAGAAAAACAUUCAGUCCUCUUGGCCAUUCAGCAGUCCAACAGAAAAGUAAAAAAGUUACCAGCUAAGAAAAAUGUUUUUUUUUUUUUAAAUAAAAAUUCAAUCAUUUUUCAUCAAAAAGGAGCAAGGAGGACUUUUUUAAACUCAGAAAAAUAUCAUUUAUCAGGUAAGUGUACAACAGGACCUUUAAACUUGGUUCUUUUGCUUCAAAUCAGGAUCUCUUGUCUUUGAUGAUUCCACUCAUUUAGACAUGUGCUUCUUCAUACGUUGAAUCUCCAUCUAAAAAAAAACAAAACAAACCAUGAAAGCAGUUUCUAGAUAUUAGGUCUAAUAUUCUUGGCUCAAAGUGGUUCUGUCCAGUUUAAAAAUGUGAAUAAUACUUUACAGAAAUCCAGUUUGUUUUGUUUCUUCAUGUCACACCUGUAAAGUCAAACGGAUCCUUUUCUCCUCAUCCAGC